AUGGCGUUUCCAGGACAGGCUAUUGAAAAGAAAGAUCAAAUUGAGCAACAGCGAUGGCUUCUCUACUGGGCCGCUUUUGGAUCUUUCAGCAUUGCGGAAAUCUUUGCAGAUAAAAUUCUCUCCUGGUUUCCUCUCUACUAUCACAUGAAGUUUGCAUUUCUCGUUUGGCUACAGCUUCCAUCUGCAAAUGGAGCUAGGCAAUUGUAUACGAGCCAUCUACGCCCAUUCCUGUUGAGGCAUCAAGCCAGACUAGAUCGUAUUGUAGAGUUUCUAUAUGGUGAAAUGAAAGUCUUGAUGAAUAAGUUUGUCAGUGCACAUCAAGCUGAAUUUCAGUUUGCAAAAUCAAUUUUGAUGAAGAUUCUGGUAUCAGUGAAACAAAUAGCUCGUGAUGUGAUUCACCCAGGGAACAGACAAGCAAAUGGCGCCUUUCAAGGCCCAGCCAGACGUAUCCAGGAUUCCCAAUCUGAUGCUGAAGAUUAA